AUGUCUGCGCCCGGUGAAGACACGUUUGCCGAGGAAAACGACGAUAUGGAGGAGAUGGAUGAAGUCGGCAGUGAUGCCGAUGAAGGCGUAGAUAUGGAGGAGGGCGGAGGGGACGGAGACGGGGAGAAGAAAGUGUACGUCCCCGGAAUGGAGCCGCUUCAGCCGGGAGAGGAGCUGGAGAUGGAUCGGUCUGCGUACCGCAUGUACCACGAGUGCCAAACAGGUGCUCCGUGUCUGAGCUUCGACAUCCUGAGAGACACAGACGGAGAAAACAGGGAGCAGUUUCCUCUGUCCAUGCUUCUCUGUGCAGGCACACAGGCUGACACAGCUCUGAAGAACAGACUACUCGUCAUGCGCAUGCACAACCUUCAUGGAACAGAGAAAGACAAAGAGGGGGAAGAAAGCAGUGAUGAAGACAGUGAUGACGAUGAGGAGGAUGAGGACAAAAAGCCACAGAUGGAACUGGCCAUGAUGCCUCACUAUGGAGGGAUUAACAGAGUCAGAGUGACUCGGCGUGGAGAGCAGUCAUUGGCUGCUGUUUGGUCAGAUAAGGGACAGGUGGAAAUAUUUGACCUCCGAUCUCAGCUGGAAGCUGUUCACAGCUCUGCUGCCAUGGCAACUUUCGUCAAACAGGAGAAGGAAGCUACAGCUCUCUUCAGCUUCUCAGGACACAUGACUGAAGGCUUUGCGAUUGAUUGGUCUCCUACAGUACCUGGACGUCUUGUCAGCGGAGACUGCAACAAGAACAUCCAUGUUUGGGAGCCACAGGAGGGAGGGACGUCAUGGCAGAUUGACCAACGACCUUUCAGCUCCCACAGCAAGUCUGUGGAGGACCUGCAGUGGUCUCCGACUGAAGCUACAGUUUUUGCAUCCUGCUCAGUGGAUCAGUCUAUCCGUGUCUGGGACAUCCGUGCCCCGCCCAACUCCAUGCUCUCAGCCAAUGAAGCUCACUCGUCAGACAUCAACGUUAUAAGCUGGAAUAGGAGUGAACCAUUCCUCCUGUCAGGAGGGGACGAUGGUCUUCUGAAAGUUUGGGACCUGCGACAGUUUAAGAACGGCCGGCCUGUGGCGAACUUCAAGCAGCACAGCGCUCCCAUCACAUCCGUGGAGUGGAACCCCACCGACUCCAGUGUGUUUGCUGCAUCAGGGGCAGACGAUGUCGUCAGCCAAUGGGAUCUGUCCGUGGAGUCAUGUGAUGUGGGUGCCAGGGUUGAGGGCAUGAAGGACCUGCCCCCUCAACUCUUGUUCCUGCAUCAGGGUCAGUCGGAGAUCAAGGAGAUUCACUGGCACCAACAGAUUACUGGUGUGAUGGUUUCAACAGCUCUGUCAGGAUUCAACGUGUUCAGGACAAUAUCUGUGUAGUGUGUGUGUGUGAGUGUGUGUGCUGAGAGAAACACAUGAUUUUUCCAUUUACAUGAGUAGUACACAUUUAAUGUGUAAAGAGCAGAAAAUCCAAAUAUUAGUCACCAUUAAGGGGCUUGUAAUAAUGUAAAUAACUCAGCUUUGAGGUCAUAACUCUUCUUCUGACAUUUAUUGGCACAUGUAGGCGCCAUAUGGUGUUAUCUUUUUUAUUGAUCUUUAGGUCUGUAUGGCUUACAGAUGUAUUAGCUAUUUUAGGCAUUUCCUAUUGCAUGCUUAAAAUAAAAUGUUAAAAAACCAA